AUGACGGCGGGCAAUGUAAUGGGCAAGGCCAGCGGGUUAGCAGCGAAAAAGGGUGGCUUGGUGCUUGGUGCAGGCCUGUCUGACGCUGGGCCAGUACUGCUAUGUGUACUUUACCACUUAUUACUAGGUGCACAGUGGUCGCUGCGUUCGGUCCCACACCGCCGCGGGCUCCCGUCGAGAUUCGCACGGCUUGGCCAGCCCGCUCCUUGCCUGUUGAGGCUGGCAUGGAAGCGCCAUCAGGCUGCUUCUGGCCGAUUAGAAUGGCGAGGCGGCACGUUUGGGUUGGCAUGGAUACACGCCAUGGCGAUGCGGUGGGCUGGCCUUCCCCACAUGGGCCUGCUCUCGCCAGGGCCUGAUUACUCAGGCAUCACCAAGCACGCCUGCACUCCAGCCUGCACUGCACUGCACUGCACUGCAUCUGCCACCAGUCGCCUCCCGCCCCCUGCCUCCCUAGUGUUAGGCACCAGACGAUCAUGGGCAAUCGCUUUUAGGCAAUCCUAUUACUCGGCCGGGGUGCAGCCAAAGUACUUACCCAAGGGCUGUAUAGAUUACUCUCUGUCCGCUUCUGCUCCCUCGCCUCCAUGCACUCCCACUCCUCCUGUCAUGCACGCACAUACGCACAGUCGAUCCCCUUUGCACGUCACAUCCGACGCCCCAUGUUUCCCUUGA